AUUUGUUUUAGGGCUGAUGGGCGCUGGAGCUCUUUGCCCUUUUUGUGAGAUCGCGCUGGGGAAAUGCGCAGGCCGGACCAGCAAUAUUCUCUUCCAGGAUGACGAGUUGCUAGCAUUUGAGGACCGGAGCCCAUCAGGAUCCAAGCAUUACCUUGUGGUUCCAGUCGAGCACAUCAAGAACAUCAACAGCCUCAGGGGUGACGAGCAUGCUCUACUCGUCGAGCGGAUGCUCAAACUUGGAGAAUCGUUGCUGCGGAAGGACGCUCCUGGGGCCGAGAGCUACAAGUUUGGAUUCCAUCGGCCUCCAUAUAACAGCGUGAGCCACCUCCAUCUACAUUGUAUCGCCAUGCCUUUCAAAUCCUGGUGGGGGGCCGUCAAGUAUAAAUCGCUGGGUUGCCUCGGCGGAUGGAUCACUGCCGAGGAAGUGCUGCGAUCUUUGAGUUCCUCCACCAAAUCCUCAUGAUCUUUCGAGCAUGAUCUUUCGAAAAGGAAAAAAAAAAA